AUGUCUCAUGAUAUUGUUAACGAGAUGAUAGAACUAAUGGCAAAUUAUGUGCCAAGAAAUGUACUUAGUGCUAUUAAAUCGAGAAUUUCUUUUUCUGUAAUAUGCGAUGAAACUCAAGACAUUUUCGGUAUUGAGCAAAUGUCUAUAUGUUUUCGAUCAGUUUCUGAAAAUUUUACAAUAUACAAAGAUUUUCUUGGUCUCUAUGCAGAUGAUGCUACCGACAGUAAGUUGCUUUUUUAUGCAAUAUGUGAUGUUUUAUUAAGACGUGGACUAGACAAGAAAAUGGUGCAGGGGCAAAGUUACGAUGGUGUCGCUUCAAUGUCAGGGCAUCUAAGUAGUGUUGCUAAACUAUUUCAAGAUGAUGUCAAUGAAGCGAUUUUUAUACAUUGUUACGCACAUCGGCUCAACCUUGUUCUUCAAGAUGCUUGUAAACAAGUCUGUUGUAUGAACGAGGGACAGGAAUUGUGCCAGCUGUUGUAUAAUUUCAUUUGUUUAGCUCCAAAGAGACUAGUAAGGUAUAAAAAAUUACAACGCAAUAUACUUGACGAGGAUGUCAAGCAAAACAAUUUAAGUGUUCCUUGUCCAACUCGUUUGACCGCGAAGACCAAAUCAUAUGGUUCAAUUCUGACAAAUUUUCAAGUAGUUGUUUUAGAGCGUCAAGAUAUUUCUGAAUUAAAUGAUUUUAACAGAGCUGAAGCAGAAGGUUUGUUUGAUAAAUUAUUAUCAUUUCAAUUACAUUUUGGGCUUCACCUGGCUUAUGAUGUGUUUGCAACUGUAGAGCAAGUCUCUCAACAUAUGCAAUCUGCUGAAGUAGAUGCUUAA